AUGGCUGUUGGCAAAUUAACUGUAUCUCCUGAAACUAUUCGCGGUUUCCCCUCUGCUGGCUAUGAAGACUCCAAACUCUUUGUUGGCUGUUUCAUCAGAGAGUCUGAAAAGCACAGAACUCACUCUGUCAAUGGACCCGAGCCUUUUUGGAAGAACUCUUUGGAUGUCACUGUGCCUGAGGGUGAAAACUACUUGAACAUUGAAGUGGUCAAUGAGGGCCCCAACAAUGGUGGUAUCGUUGCUACAGCCAAGGUUGCUUUGAAUCAAGUUUACAGCCAAGGUCAUGAAUCAAAGUGGAUUCAAUUAAACUCUAAUCAAGGUCGUUCUUAUGGUGAACUCAAGUUGAACCUCACCUUCAAUGGUACCAGCUCUGUCAGUUCUGUUACUUCCUCCUUUGGUGACAUGAAUUUGGCUGGUGGUCAACAUGCUUCUUACCAGCAAACUACCACUCAUUCUUACUCCACCUCUCACAGUCAAUCAGACAGCCGUCAAAGCUCCUUCUCCUCAUUGGGUCCUUCCAACCCCAUUCCUCAAAACUACGGCUCUGGUGCUCCUCCUCCAUUCACUCCUCCUGCCGCUGUCUCUUAUCCCGAGAAGAGCGGCAACAACAGCAUGCCCGGUAGUAACAACUCCUAUGUUGGUACUCCCACCGCUGGUGGUCUCGUAGGUACUGAUGGCGUCGUGAAUCCCGAAACCAUGUCCAAGGGUGAAUUCGAAGAAGCCAAGGCCAGAGGCACUAUCCCUACUUGGGCUAAAUACGGUGGUGGUGCUUUAGCUGGUGCUGCUGCUUUGGGUCUCGCUGCUUGGGGCACACAUGAACUCAAGGAGCAUUUCGAUGAAAAGAAGAAGAAGGAGGAAGAAGAUGAAAAGAAGCAUAAGAAGGAUGAGAAGCCUUUUGUUCCUCCUUCUGGAUACCUCCAACAACAGCAACCCCAACAACCUUAUACCAUCCACAACCAACAACAUAACCAAGAACAUCAACCUAAACAAUAUCCUGCCCCUCCUCAACAACAUGUCUCCUCUGGCAAUAAGGGCGAUUGUCACAAAAAAGACAAGAAGGAAAAGAAAAAAUCCAAGAAGCACGGUGGAAGUGGGUCUGACUCUUCUUCCUCUUCGUCUGACUCGGAUUCCUCUGAUGAUGAGCGCAAGGGAAAGAAGCACGAUAAGCACCACAAGAGAAGAGAUAACGAGUGGCAUUAA